UCGAGCUCGAGUUUUCCCGCUGACCGAGAGCAAAACGCCGGAGCUGAAGCUGAGGCCCAGAGAAGAGGAAGAACCAGAAGCAGGAACAGGAGCAGGAGAAGGAGCAGGAGAAAGCGGAGAAAGGAGGCAGGGGAAAGGAGCAAGGAGAAAGAGAGAGCGCAGAGGACCCAGCAGCCAGUUGUCCGAGGAGUGAAAUUCGAGGCGGGGCGCGAAGGAAGUGGGUGUACGAGUGCGAGUACGACUACGACUGCCAUAAAGUGGAAAUACGAAACGCCUUGAGGAAAGGCAGCGACGUCGGCCGAGGCAGCGACUGCGACGCCGGCAGCGGCAGAGGGACACGCGUCAGGCGGCCAAGCAAAAGGCAGACAAACAGGCAAAUCCUGCUGAGACGACACGACGAGUCCUUGCUCGUCGGUUCAAACGUGCGGAACACUCUUGGAGGCAGCCGAUAAAAUAGAAAAUAACACUAGAAGCAAAGCUAGUCCACAAAACACCACUCACACUCACCCAAAACAAGGGAAAGUUUUCGGAAAAAAAACGAAAAAAGAAAGCUAAUUACGAAAUUAUUCCCAGGAAACCCAAAACAAUAUUUUCGAAAAAUAUCCAAAGAUAUAUUCCCUAUCCAAGUGCAGUGACUCGUGUGCAAAAGUUAUCCAACCACAAUCCCCAAAGAAACUAAGUGCCGCAAGCUGAGAGAGCUAAACACGAAAAGUGCUAAAAGUUCCUUAAAAAUAUUAAUAACAAAAAGAAAAAAAAAACAAAAUAUUUGUUCAACUGCUUAUAAAAAUAUACAAAUUAUACAACAUAAAUAUUCGUUGCAUUUUAACAAAAGUAAAAAAAAGUGAGCAGCUCAAAAAGCGAAAGAGGGAAAACCAAAGUGCCGCGGAAAAACUAACUAAUAAGCUACGAAAUCAUACAAACGAAUGACUGGCCAGUGAAGAAAAGCUAACCCAAAGGCCUGCUAAAAUAAAAAGUAAAAUCAAAACUCCAAGGAACUGGAAUUGCUAACCGAAAAGCCGACGGAAGACAGCAACUAGUUGUUGUCAGAGGCCAACAACCAGGUUCAAACGGCCAUAUACCUAUACCCAUAUAUGUGUACCCAUCAUACCUAUACCAACUCCGACUUUCCGACUUCACCUACCCAAGCGAAACCCAAACUCCCCGGCCAGAGUAGACAAUUGAUUAUUGAUUUUGUCUAAGGCUGCAAGAACUUCACAGCUUAACGCAAAACAAACUUGGCAGCAGGGCAACAAAGGGCGACGAAAGACGGGGGGAAAAAACACACACAACGACAAGAAAGGGCCGUUGAAAGGCAGCCAGAAAAAGCGGAAAAGUCGGUAGCUCGGAAAAGUCCGAUACCGGAUCGGCCAGUGUUGUGCAAUGCCAGGCCUAGGCCGGCACAGUGUUGGUCAGUGGUGUGGGGCCUAAAGGCCCAGCCAAAAAGCCGUGUGAAAAGCAUCGAAAACCCAUAGAGAAACAAUCCAGAGAAGGCUCUUAGCACUGGGAUUUUUCCCCACCACCAGCCCCAAAAAAACCACCUGCCACUCUAUCAUCAAAAAACCAAGACCCCCCGCCCCCAAUUGUAUUCCCCCUGGUAAACCCACCCCGAACCGCCAAGAUAAGCCGUCUAAUCGAGAAGCUGCGCCAGACCAACAAACGGAAAAUGUUCUGCUCGCUGGCCCAGACGCUCUUCUGCGUCCUGCUCAUCCAGGGCGGCCUCUAUGCCCUCCACCUGAGCGGAAACGGAAAUGGCAAUGGCAACGGCAACGGCGAGAAGUCCCUGGGGGAGGCCAAGGCGGUCCAGGUGCCCAGUCAGCCGCUGGGACCCUCGACGGGAGUGUCCGCCGCCUGGCAGACGGCUCCCUCGCAGCAGCAGCAGCACCAGCAGCAUCCCGGAGGAUCUCCGCCGGGCGGUGGAUCGGGGUCACCACAUGGCCACAGGUCCGCCGCUGCGGCCGCCUUCGAUGCCACCACCGUGCGGCUGAACAAGGAGAUAGCGGACAUGGCCCAGCUGGAGCGGGAACGCCUGAUGCUCCUCGCCCGCGCCAAGCAGACGGCGGAGCAACAGCCGGCGGGCAACGGCAAUGGCAAUCACCGCGGCCAUCCCUUCAUCGCCGGCCGCAUACAGAUGCAGCCCAGCGAGGAGCUGGACGUGGGCGACUAUCCCGCCCUGCUGCAGCAGGCCGCCCGGGGCUACAUCUUCGGCAAUGUCCAGAAGCAGCCGCCCACUCCGAUCAGCCUGGAGCAGGACUACGAGCAGCUGAGGGACCUGGAGAACAGGCCCGUCAAGUACUACGGUCGAGUGGUGCAGCCGGCGGACAGGGAGGAGCCUGCCGAGGCGCUCUACGAGCCACUGCACUCCUACGGCGACUUCGAUGACUUCUCGGAACUGGAGCAGGAACAAGAGCAGUUGCAGCCGCACUUGGGCGAGGACGAGCUGCUGCGGGAACUGGAUGCCUACCAGUAUCACGGCCUGGAGGAGGAGUCGCUCCCGGAGAAUCCCUACCGAACGCUGGAACAGCUGGAACUGGGCGCACCCGACUCCCUGCAGCAGCUCUUCGAGGCGGAGCAGGAGCAGCGAGACGCCCCCUACAAGGGCAAGGCCCAUGGCCCCGGUAACUACAACAUCAGGGUUCAGCAAAAGUGGGCCAGGAAGAGGAAUGGCCAGGGAAUCGCUCAUAGUCCCGAGGCAGAGAAACAGUUGCAGCGCCAGAUCUUCGCCCAGCACUUCAAGCCGCAACGGAGUGGAAAACUAUCGCUUUCGGCCAACUCGGAGGCCACGGCCAGCAAGCACCCCAAGCCAUCCAGUCGCUCCGGCUCCAAGGACACCGAGAAGCCCCCUAAAGAGGGAACUACCUCCGCCGGCAAGCAAACAACCGGCGAUGGAAUAACCAAGCAGCAGGCGGAGCAGCAGACACCGCAGGACAAAAAGGAUCCCAGCCACAAGCGAUCCGGAUCCGGUUCAGCGGGAUCCGUGGGAUCUGCAGGAGGCGGCUACUCCGCGCAGUCACCCAUGUCCCACAGCAUAGCCAGCCAGCUGAUGCUGCGCACCGCCCGCGGUCAACGGCAGUACGAUGUGCCACAAAUCGAGUGUCCCACCGCCAUGGAUGGCAUGGAGCGGUUCGCCUGCCCGAUACCCGACCGGCAGGGCAGAUAUCGCUGCAUAGACGAUCAUGUGCUGUGCGAUGGCUUCAUCGACUGUCCUGACGGCGAGGACGAGGACCGGAGAUCCUGCAUGUUCUACAAGACGACGAAGGCUCACUUGGACGUGUUAGCGGAUGCGUUACUGCGCUGGGCGCGAGGGCGUUAAGCUCCAACCACCCCACAAACAACACACACACUCUCUAAGACAGCCACACCCCAAACACACACCCCCACUCAAGAUACACCUAGAACUCACGUUAAAGUUUAAACACAGGAAUGACAAAAAAUUAGUUUUAACUUGCCCCAAGUCAAGCAAAGACCUAUUAAGUUUAAACAUUACUCAAGAACAACACACACAGACAAGCCAACCAUCCGCCUGUCCUUUGACAUGAG